GCGUUACUUGCUUGGGAGACACUUCAAAGUCUACUCAGACCACGAGACAUUGAGGUGGCUGAAGAGGUAGGCCAAGAUGACACCUAAGCUUACUAGGUGGGCCGCAAAGAUAGACCAAUUUGACUUUGAGCUCAAGCCUGUUAAAGGAAAAUACAAUGUAGUUGCGGACGCUCUAAGUAAAAGGGCCGAUUACUUUGGAGCGAUAGUACACUAUCUGGACAUAGGGAGACAAUUGCAACAGAAAGUCAAAGAGGCGUCCGUGCAGGACCCUAUUUAUAGCGACCUCCUCAAGAGAGUUAAGGAGUUUCCAGAAUCUGAACCAGAUUACCGCACUACAGAUGGGUUGUUAUUCGAGAAAACUCAUGUAGCUGAUCGACUAUGCGUUCUCAACAAUGAGGAGAUCCGUAGUUUGAUCCUAGGGGAAUGCCAUGACACAGAGGGACAUUUUGGUUGGCAAAGGACAUUAGCCAACCUCGUCCGCGCGUAUACAUGGCCUGGCAUGAAGGCUGAUUGCAUAGAGUACGUAUGCAGUUGUAAAGUAUGCCAGGGGAAUAAGACCACUACGCGAGCUCCUCUUGGUCUUCUCAGACCCUUGCCUAUUCCCGUAGGACGCGGAGAUUCUGUGUUCAUUGAUUUCAUGGACGUUGGGGUCAAGAGUAGGCAGGGCAAGAGCCAACUCGUGGUUAUAGUUGAUAGGUUUAGUAAGUAUGGAGUUUUUGUUCCUUUGCCUUUAGAGGCACGCACAUAUUUAGUAAUAGAGAAGUUCUUUGAUCAUUGGAGCCACGAGRAUGCAACUCGGGCACUCRAUGCCCGAUUGUUGGACCUGGAACAGGCUGUACCAGGACCAGCUGCUGGAGCUUCCAGCAGUGCACCCUCAAGCCGCCAACUGGAGGACCGCGUUGACCACGUAGUGGCAAUGCUCGGCGACAUCAGCACCUUCGYUGCGCCGACCACCACCAUCAGYAGUCAGCUGCAUACAUUGAAGACCGAGGUCCAGAAGCUGCAGUUGACGAACGCGGACGACAAUCCGAAGAUGUACAAGAUGCCAACUUUCAACCUGGAGAGGUUCGACGACUACACGCAGCAGGAUCCCGUCCUCUGGUGGGAAGCAUUCACAACGCAACUCAGGAUUCUGCCAGUAGCCAAGCACGCGUACAUCGGCGCCCUGUUCCUGAACUCAAAGGGCGGAUGCCAGACCUGGUUGAGCCACCUGGCAACCUCCCACGGCGUCGACAUACCAGACUUGAAGGACGUAAUCACAUGGGAGGAACUAACACGGCUGUGGAAGAAGCGGUUCAUCGUCGACGACGCGCCGRCACUCGCCAUCAACCGUUUGUUCACCAUGUCACAGGGCAACACAGCAACACGGGAUUGGCUCACGGAGUGGCAGAAGAUUGCGGUUGUGCCCAAUCUGAACCUACCAUUCGAGCAUCUACGCCGUGAGUUCUACAACAGGUCCUGCGCGGCAUUGAGCCAGGCUCUUGGUGAUCGCGAGCAGUACUCAACCUUCGCGGAGAUCAUUGACAAAGCGAGGGAGAUCAUCAGGACCAACAGGUCAGCUGCACACGAGAAAUCAACAUGGCAGCCGACCUAUGUGGAGAAGGCACGAACUGGUCCGCGACAGCAGCACUUCGUUGCAGUCCAGCAGGACAGUGGAGAUAACCUAGCAGCCAUUCCAGCAUCAAGUGACAGAGAUCAGGUGGCCGCUGUCCAGCCGCGAAGCACCAACAAGUCCCGUAACAAUGGGAAGGCGAAACCCGCAUCGCAGGCCGGAAAUGGACAGCCAGGACAGUUUCCAUGGGUCAAGUUUGGCUUGACGGAGGCGGAGUACAAACUCRGGAAACUGAGCUCCGCGGAAGGUGAGGCGACUCCACCUUCUACUYCGCCAGAUUCGGCCGCCUUGCUAGCGGCCUSCUGCACAUCUGGGGAGGAUGCGAAUGUCGCAAGUCCUCGGUAUASUUACGAGGAUUAUGCUGUCCACUUGGUUCCACCGCUGGACCAACCGCUCCACGUGCAACAGUCCACCGCAUGCACGGUUUCAUCACCAUCGGCAACCGAUUCGGCAGCUUCACCGCAACCUAUCGUCGGGGAUUCGACGUCAUGGUCAAGACUUGAAGAGCUCGACCCAUUGACGUUCACGGACUUCCAGUGGAUGCCCGUUCCCUCGAUCGGACGGUUGCCGAAACCGCAUUGCAACGUGCUUAUGGCACAAUUGCGGGACUACUUGCACACUGCAGUACCAGCUCCGUUGAUGGACGCCGGAGCAGAGGUUGUCGACCUUCACGCUUUCAUCGCGAAGAUCGACCGCGAGUUCAAGACGCAACGGUACGACGACAUCGACGCACCAUUGCUAUACAUACGCAUUCAGAUCGGAGAGGCGACCUGCAGUGCCUUUAUCGAUUGCGGAGCAUCUCGCAACUACAUCAGCCAGGACUUCAUGGUACGCGCCGACCUUGGCCUACGUGUCCGGAGGAAGUUCCGGCCUACGCAAGUCACCCUGGCAGACGGUCAUACGCACAAGUCCAUCGACCGGUGCAUUGACGCCGUCCCAGUGUACUUUGCCCCUCACGCAAGUGAGGCGGUGUCCUUUGACAUUCUGGACACCAAAUUCGACAUGAUCUUGGGCAUGUCAUGUCUGCGAAGCAAGGAUCACCUGGUGAACUUCUUCAACCGCACCGUUCACGUUCGUGACCGGAACGGAGUAUUAGUUCCAUGCACGUUGCCUCUUCCUCAUCCUUCGAUCAACUGCCACGUGGUAUCCGCCGCAAGCAUGCGAGCUUCCAUCAUCAGAGACGACAUCGAGGAGAUGGGGGUGUGUUUUCUCCACGCCCUCCCGCCMCAUGACGCUUCAUCGACGGACUCACCUUCGGAUCCACGCAUUACCGAACUUCUCGACGCCUACAGCGACGUGUUCGAAGACCCGCAUGGAGUCGUACUGGAUCGACCCAUCCGCCACGAGAUCAUCCUCGAGGACGGGGCCGUACCUCCGCGCGGUUGCAUCGACCGAAUGAGCGAGGAAGAGUUAAGUGUGCUUCGGGCACAACUCGACGACCGCCUAGAGAAAGGCUGGAUUCGGCCUAGCUCAUCGCCAUACAGUGCUCCUGUUCUCUUCGUCCGGAAGAAGAACAAGGACCUGCGGUUUUGUUCAUUUACAGUGCCCAACCAGUGUGGGUGCCAGGUCACCCGCAUUCAGGUAAUGACCAAUGGAAUCAGAACGGAGAAAGAGCAAUGGUGCAGUGGUGGGAGUGAACACUUUGCAAUGUCAGAUAAGAUCAUCUUAGAUACUCGGGAAGUGCAGCAAAUAAUGGAGGACAACGUGAAGCAGUCCAUCAGUGGGACAGGGGGAUUGUAUGCGUAUUGUUUGAUUGUUCUACCCCUGUUCCCACUCUCCCUACCCUCCCCGUAUUCUGUGACCACCGGGACGUCUCAAGUACCGCACCAGUUCACACUGAUGUCGAUGGAACAGGACACCGGGGCACUGCCACGGCGCAGUGCCAGGCUCGCAGUUCGUGCUCGACCUACGGUACCUCCACGAACCAAGGCUCAGCAACAGAGACUCAGCAGGCGGACGACUCCAGCGGCAUCGAGUACAGCGUUGACGGUACCGGUUACCACUGGAGUUCUUCCCGCAUGCCCGGUCCAAGGGGCCGGUGAGCCGUUGGCAGCUUACCUUCAGUGGGUACAGGCAUUCACAGAUGUUGUAGCUACCGCAAAGGCUCAAGAGGAGGCAACAGAGGUAGAACGUCAGCGGCUGGCGAAUGAGGCGGCAGCCCAAGCUCGGCACACUGCUGAGGCUGACGCAGCAGCACGAGAUCAACGGAAUGCCGCCAGCACGGAGUCCCUGAUUCAUAGUGAGAAUCAGUGGACAACCUUCCUCCAAGGCAUGGUCUUUGUGCCUUCGGACGCGCAGGCGGAUCCGACACCGGCGGAGGCAGAGAGAACUCACCUGGCUAACUUGAUGCUGGGCAUGAUGAGAGGAAUCAUGUGGAAUAACACACUGCUGCAGGCRCAUCUGYGCACRGAACAACARCAAAGACARAAGUACCAGCAAGACAUUGYUGUUUUAACGGYUGCCAUCCRCGCCRAAGCUUCACAGCAGCAGCAACWRCAUCARCUGUUGAACUCAGCUCUCGCACGCAUCAACAACAUUGAGGCUAAUGCCUCAGCAGCGCCAGGCUGCACGACGGACGCGACGAAGCAGCUCAACGAGCGCAUCGAUCACGUCGUCAAUAUCAUCGRCGAURUAGGCRAUUUSACUAGCCCRGCCACAAUCAGCAGCACGGUGGCCGCCAUCAAGACGGACAUCACCAAGCUGCAGACGAGACCGGACGCCGCUACGAAGACUUACAAGAUGCCGCACUUSGACAUCAGCAAGUUCGACGACUACAACAAGUCGGACGCCUUGACAUGGUGGCAACGUUUCCUCACGGAAGCAUCAUGCCGCACUGUCCCGGCGGAUGACAUGAUGAAGGCGCUCUACUUACAACUGAACGGAGGAGCGCAGACAUGGAUGAAUUAUCUGGCGGCUACCAAGAAAUGCACCAUCGCCGAACUCCACACACACAUUCCGUGGAAGGAGUUCGAGAAGCUAUGGCUCACCCGGUUCAUGGUUCGCAACGUCGUGAAGGCAGCCAUGAACGAGGUGUACACCUGCUCUCAAGGUAGUAUGCCAACUCGAGACGGGAUAACUAAGUGGCAGAAGAUAGUGACCACGCCAGGCUUCGAUUUGAGUUUUACCAAUCAACGAUCCGAGUUCUUCUCGCGAUCGUGCGCAGGACUGCGAUCGGCACUCGGCAACGAGUACGAUUACGAUUCGUUCCAGGCCAUUCUGGAUCGUGCAAACUUGGUCAUCCAAACGGAUGACAAGGCCGCAAACGAACGGCAGUCCCAACCGCAUUAUGUGGCUAAGCAGGGCUAUCAACAACCGGCACAUAACAAUGCCGUGAUUUAUGAAGAAACAGUCGAUCUCCACGAUGUAGCAGCAUCCUCGAGUGAUGGAGGAAUUGUAGCAGCGCUCCCGCCGAAGCGUCCCAAGAGAGUUCGAAAGAACAAGGCGACACAUGAGACGGCAUCGACGGGAACUGGGCCGCAACCAUGGACGGCUUACAAGAUAACCAAGCAUGUCUAUGACCUCCGUAAAAAGUACGGAUACUGCCUUUGGUGCAACGGCGUCAUGCAUUUGACCGCACAAUGCCUCGAAAAGGGCAAGACACGCCUGGUACCACCACUAGACCAGCCGAGCCACGUACACUUAGAUUGCGUAUGCGCAGCCUGUACACCGUCGACAAGUGAUCCGGUCAAUUCACCACUGAUUUGCGAGGACUCGACGGCGUGGUCAAGACUUGAGGAGCUUGACCUGCUCACGAGAGAGGACUUCGCUUGGAUGCCUCUACCCUCGACCGGAACCUUGCCAAGGCCGCAUUGCAACGGCUUGAUGGCAAAUCUACGCUCCUAUUUGCACACUACAGUACCAGCUCCGUUGACGGACGACGGGGUAGCGGUUGUCGAUCUCCGCUCCUAUCUUGCGAAGAUUGACCGCGAGUACGCCACCCAAAGGUACGCCAAAACCGACGCUCCUUUGCUCUAUAUCCGCAUUCAAAUCGGAAAGGCAACCUGUAGUGCCUUGAUUGAUUGCGGUGCGUCUCGCAACUUUGUGAGCCAAGCCUUUAUGACCCGCGCAGGUCUUGGCCCGCGCGUUCGAAGGAAGACGCAACCUACGCAAGUUACACUCGCGGACGACCGCACGCAAAAGUCAAUUGACCGAUGCGUCGAUGGCGUUUCGGUCUACUUUGCGCCACUUGCGUGCGAGCCGGUGUCUUUUGACAUCCUCGACACCAAGUUCGACAUGAUUCUAGGCAUGUCUUGGUUGCGUAGCGCCGAUCAUCCGGUGAACUUUCAUGACCGAACCGUUCACAUCCGUGAUCAGAACGGAGUUUUAGUCCCAUGUACGGUUGCGAACCCUCACACUUCGAUUGCUUGUCACGUGGUUUCCGUUGCGAGAAUUCGCGACGCCUUAGCUCGGAAUGACGUCCAGGAGAUGGGCCUUAAAUUCUUGCAUGCCCUCCCCUCGCCGGACGGACCAGCCGCGUCACCGUCGGACCCACGCAUUUCUCACCUCUUGGACGAGUAUAGAGACGUCUUCGAGGCUCCCACCGGAACGGUUCCGGAUCGGCCCAUACGUCACGGGAUCACUCUCGAGGCUGGYGCCGUCCCUCCGCGUGGAUGUAUCUACCGCAUGAGCGAAGARGAACUCGAGGUGCUUCGCGCACAACUCGAUGACCUUCUCGACAAGGGUUGGAUUCGCCCUAGUUGCUCGCCAUACGGUGCACCUGUUCUCUUCGUCCGGAAGAAGAAUAAAGAUCUACGGUUAUGCAUCGAUUAUCGCAUACUUAACACACAAACUGUAAAGAACACCGGUCCUCUCCCUCGGAUUGAUGAUCUCCAUGAGCGGUUAGGCGGCGCGACGUACUUCUCGAAGUUGGACUUGAAGUCAGGUUACCACCAGAUUGAAAUCCAGCCUCAAGAUCGGUACAAGACCGCGUUCAAGACGUGGUACGGGGAUUUUGAGUUGGUUGUCAUGCCCUUUGGCCUCACCAAUGCCCCCGCAACUUUUCAAGCAGCUAUGACGACUGAGUUUCGCGACUUGCUCGAUUGCAGCGUCCUCAUCUACCUCGAUGACAUCUUGGUCUAUAGCAGGACGUUGGACGCGCACAUCACACACCUUCGCGCUGUUUUGAAUCGUUUGGGACUGGCCAAGUACAAAGCAAACCGCGACAAGUGCGAGGUCGCCAAGCAAGAGCUUGAGUAUUUGGGCCACUAUGUUACGCCGAAAGGCAUUCGUCCCUUAGCGGACAAGAUCCAAGCCAUCGUGGAUUGGCCGGAACCCCGUUGUUCGACGGAUGUACGCUCUUUCAUGGGUUUGGCUGGGUACUAUCAGCGAUUCGUCGAGUCAUACUCGAAAGUGGCCGCUCCUUUGUCGAGACUUCAGUCCCGAAGGUGCCCUUCGAGUUCGAUGACGCAGCCCGUGGCGCGUUCACUACGUUGAAGGCAGCAAUGCAAGCCACACCUGCCCUCCGUAUAUACGACCCCACCCUACCCACCCAAGUGACUACGGACGCUUCGGGAUACGGUAUUUGUGCGGUGUUGGAACAGUGUCACGAGGACGGUUGGCAUCCGGUUGAGUAUUUCUCCCAAAAGUUGCCUCUCCUCAACACUCUCGACGACGCUAGGAAGAAAGAGCUACUCGCGUUCGUCUCCGUUCUCGAACGGUGGCGCCACUUUCUUCUCGGCCGUCUGCGUUUUAAAUGGAAUACGGACAACAAAUCGUUGACCUUUUA